CAAACCACCAAAGUCAACGUCGGAAACCAAGAAGAAGGCAAGAAGCAGAGGGGAAUUCUUUCUCUCCCUUCCUAUCUCUCUCCCUCUCUAUUGCAUCCCGCGACCAUGUCCGCGCGUCCGCCGCCUCAACCGCGACCGCGCCUGGCGCUGCCGCCGCGCUCGACGGCGGAAUCGCUCUUCACGGGCGCCGGGGACACCAGCCCCGGCCCGCUCACGCUCGCCUCAGCGCUCUUCCCCUCUGACGCCGACGGCGGCGGUGGCCCCGGAGGCGCGUCCUCCUCCGCCGCCGGGGCCGCGACCUUCACGCAGCUCCUCACCGGCUCCCUUGCGCCUCCUCCUCCUCCGCAGCAGCGGCAUGACGCGGAGAGGGGACGAGGCGGCGGGGUCGCCAGGGCCGGGCCGGCGCUCUCGGUGGCGCCGCCGGCAUCGGCGUCCGCUGGCGCGUCCGUGUUCACGGUGCCGCCCGGCCUCAGCCCCUCCGGUUUGUUCGACUCCCCUGGGCUGCUCUUCUCGCCCGCCAUGGGCGGUUUUGGAAUGUCGCACCAGCAGGCUUUGGCUCAAGUUACAGCCCAAGCAACCCAUUCUCCACUCAGAAUGUUUGAUCACCUUGAACAGCCAUCUUUCUCCACAGCUGCAACAAUGUCUGGAGCUCUACAGCACAUGAAUUCUGCAGCCAGUAUGGCAGGAAUUUCAGAUAUGACAAUGGCAACAGCAAACAAUGAGAACACGUCCUUUCAGUCUGCUGAGGCGUCUCAGAGGUAUCAAGUUAAUGCCCCUGUUGAUAAGCCUGCUGAUGAUGGCUAUAACUGGCGGAAAUAUGGUCAGAAGGUGGUAAAGGGCAGUGAUUGUCCAAGGAGCUACUACAAAUGCACUCAUCCCAAUUGCCCGGUCAAGAAAAAGGUAGAGCAUGCAGAGGAUGGUCAGAUAUCUGAGAUCAUAUACAAAGGCAAACACAAUCACCAACGUCCACCAAAUAAGCGGGCAAAAGACGGCAACUCUUCAGCAGCUGAUCACAAUGAACAAUCUAAUGAUACCGCAUCUGGCUUGUCAGCUGCCAAGAGAGAUCAGGACAAUAUAUAUGGGAUGUCUGAGCAAGCAUCUGGUUUAAGUGACGGAGAUGAUAUGGAUGAUGGUGAAUCAAGGCCACAUGAAGUGGAUGACGCUGAUAAUGAGAGCAAAAGAAGGAAUAUACACAUUUCUUCACAAAGGACCUUGUCAGAGCCUAAGAUUAUUGUGCAAACAACCAGUGAGGUUGAUCUUCUGGAUGAUGGUUAUAGAUGGCGCAAGUAUGGGCAGAAGGUAGUCAAAGGGAAUCCACAUCCAAGGAGCUACUACAAGUGCACGUUUGCUGGAUGCAAUGUUAGGAAGCACAUUGAGAGGUGUUCAUCAGACCCUAAGGCUGUCAUAACAACCUAUGAAGGAAAACAUAACCAUGAACCACCGGUUGGUCGGGGCGGCAACCAGAACGCAGGAAUGUCAUCACAACAGAAAGGGCAGAACAACGUAUCCAGCAAUCAAGCUUCAUUCUCGAGACCAGACUUGAGCAACGCUAACCAGAUGCCAAUUGGAAUCUUACAGUUCAAGAGCGAGCAAUAGUAACAUGUAUUUGGAUGACGUUCUUUUGGCAAAUACAAGAUGCCUGCAAUUCGUACAGCCAUAUGGCAUCAAAAGUUUCUUAAAGCCUGAUAAUUUCAAAUGGUAUCAGUUUGCAGUUUUUCCCCGUAGAUACACAGGAUAUAUAGCUGAUACGGCCUCAUCGUUUCUAGUUUGUACAUGCUAUUAAGUUGGGGCAUGAGGGAUGCAAUACUAGCUAGGUGAGGUUACUUAUAUGUGGUUAUGGUGUUCUAUAGAUGGAUCGAUGGUAUACAUGUUCUGAUUUUGUUCCCAACACCCGACAAGAUUUUGUAUGUAUUUGUACAGAUGUUUUUGAGUU